AUGCCAGGGACCGUCUAUUUUGCUGCACAUCGUUCUGCUGAAGAUGAUGCUAUGCUGCAAUUGUAUUCAAGCAGGCUUGUAGGCGUAGCACAAGAAUCCAACUUUAAUCGUCAGCAAGACGACGUCGUUACACCUUUCAACGAUCGCCAAUGGACUCACGUUAGAGCGGUUUGGACCUUUGACCUUGACCGCAAUAUUCUGCGAUUAGACAAGAAAGAUUGCAACCUUUGGGUUCCUCUUAAUCUUAAAAUAAGAUGUAAGGAGAUUAACCUGCAGCGCCUGCAGCAGCGUACUAGCGGCUUCCUGGCCUGGAUAGACAACCUCCCAGAGUGGGGCUUUGCAAGUGGACACAUGGUCAGAGUUGGUGGGACGUCUAUCGUCAUAUGCCAGCAUGCUCCGCAUGCUAUCACGCUAAUCCGAAAGGAUUUUGGGAAGCAGAUGCCGUCCACUCCUAGUUUAGUAGACAAAGAUCUUACUUAUCUUAUACUCUUAGUGCAGGGGUUUAUCCUGUAUCAGAUAAACAGCGGGUUUAAAAAAUACACAGAACCCAAGCGUCUACUUAAUGGGAUGCAUUUCCCUUCUAAUGAAGCCAUUGACGUCUUUCUCCAAGCCACGCAAACUAAUACCCCUACGACUCCUCUUCACAGGCUUUCUGUUGAGCUACAGGAUAUUAUGCUUGACAAGGUAUCAGCGGGACUAAUUGAGAGCGCUAGGAUUGGCUGCCUGCUUGACGCUGGGUUAGUUUUUCGAUGGAGGUGCGGCAACUGA